AUGUCGCAUUCACCAGAAGGCCACGAUGAACAUAGCAUAGAACAAAGCUGUUUGCUGUGUAGACAACCUGAUACAAGCCAGAUGGUCAGUUGCGAUGAGUGCCAAAGGUGGUACCACUUUGCUUGUGCGGGCGUAACCGAUGCCAUCGCUGAUUACGACUGGAGCUGUCAGAGAUGCCAUGAUGCCAGAAUCUCUGCUCCCGUAACAACCGCAUCCGAUGUCUCACCAGCGCUACCCAUACCAUCGUCUGUAGUGCAAACCGCACAGGGAAGAACAAAUGUACCACCUGUUUCUAAUAGUGGCCUAUUCUCGAACCAAGCAUUGCAACCAUCGUCAUCGAUCAGUGCUUACGACGCAAUGCGUACAUAUACGAGCUUUGUUUCAAUCCCGGUCGUCGACCCGCUAAUGACAACCGCACCAUCAACCAUUCCGGCAACCUCUACAUCAGCUCCUUCCGGACAAGAAUCGCACUCCACACCCGUCUCCUCCACAUCAUUAACCCGCCAGAAUCUUGUCUCGCAGCUGCCAUCAGAGUUAAGGCUCCGGUUUCUAGAAGAAGAGCAAGCACUUGAGAUGAAGCAUCUUCUGCAGCGCUACCAGCUGCUAGUUGACCAAAUACCGAGUUCAAAAGUCAAUUCCAUGCCAUCAGUGUCACACCCUGGUGGAGCGACAAACUCAGCCGCACAGUGUCAUUUAUUUUCGGCUCAUCAACCACGAAUGACAGCUAUUGGCCUACCACCUGCUCCGGUUCUACCAAAUCCGCAAUACCAUUCCUCACCGGUGCUCAAUCCACAAUCGAGGCCAGUCUAUGGCCUGCCAUCCCAUUCCUCACCGGUGCUAAAUCGUCCUAGCAUGGAAUUUCCGCAAACAAAUCCGCUUCAAGCGACGGGAAUCGGUAACGAGACAGCAAUACUGAAUAGGAGCCAAAUAGCCGCUCGACAAGCCGUGUCGAAAGAGCUUCCAGAGUACAAUGGUGACCCAGAGCAUUGGCCAUUGUUUUAUGGUACCUUCGAAAGCACGACACGAAUCUGUGGAUACACCCCGGAGGAAAAUAUGAUGCGGUUACAAAAAUGCUUGAGAGGGAAAGCCCUCGAGGCUUUACUACCGGCGCCCAAGCCAGAUAGACUGGGGACGCUAAUUGACUUUGCUAUAGCCGUCAGGAACAUGGUAGCCACCGUCCACAACUGCAACCUGGAUGAACAUCUCUGCAAUAUUUCGCUCCUCCAAAGUCUCGUAGAUCGUCUACCACCUAUGAUCCGACUGAAUUGGGCAACCUAUCGUCAAGGAUUAUUCCGCGUAACCCUAACGGAAUUCAGUACAUGGUUAUACACCCUCGCCGAAGCGGCUAGUACAGUAACCAUACCGCAAAUACGAAGAUGCUGCGAUAGCGUUGAAGUGUGCAAGCAGUUUCUAACGCUAGAUCAUGCUUCGCGAUGGAAUUCGCUACGUGACCACAAACUAUGCCGCUGUUGUCUGGCCAGGCAUCAAGGACCGUGCAAACUGAACAGAAGUUGUGGUAAAAACGGAUGCGCUUUCAAGCAUCACAAACUAUUGCACAAUGAUGCCAGGGAUCAUCGAGGGUUUGCUGUAAGUGCGACUGGCAACCGGCAAAACAUUACUGAUAGUCCAAUUACCCAAAGUGACGUUGUUCAUACUUGCAAUACUCACCAAGCUGACAGUAAAUCCGUACUGUUUCAGUAUAUUCCAGUUAUAUUACACAACCGCGGAAUAAAAGUUCGUACCUACGCGUUCCUUGACCUUGGUUCUUCCGUAACAUUGCUGGAGGAUAGCCUUGCAUCAAAGCUGCAAUUGAAAGGGCGAGACUAUCCAUUGUGUCUUCGAUGGACUGGUGAUGCUUGCCGCUAUGAAGAUUCAGCUACAAUAGUUGCUUUAGACAUCUCUGGAACACGCAGUGAAACAACCGCAUACCGUCUUACAGAUGUUUUUACAGUCAAGGAACUAAAACUGCCAUGUCAGUCCUUGCCGUUCGCAGAAAUUUCGAAAAAUUAUGAUCAUCUUCAAGGACUACCUGUUGAUUCGUACUCUAAUGUUCGACCACGAAUCCUUAUUGGGAUGAACAAUGCUCGAGUAGCACAUCCUGUGGAGAGCCGAGAGGGCGAAGAACACGAACCGAUGGCAGCGAAAACACGAUUGGGAUGGAUGGUGUUUGGAACAUGUAUUACCAAUGAUCUACAAACCGCGACAAAUGUUCCACAUAGCUUUCAUAUGUGUCAUCACGCAACGGACAACGAUGAACUUAACUCUGCCGUUAAAAACUAUUUUGCGUUGGAAAGCCUUGGUAUCUCGAAACUAGAUAGCUUGCCCAUGUCAACUGAAGAUGAACGUGCUUCAAAGAUGAUGCGUGCGGUGACAAAAUUCGAGAACGGAAGAUACUGCACUGGUUUGCUAUGGAAAUUUGAUGACAUCCAGCUUCCCGAUAGCAGACCCAUGGCAGUGCGACGUCAUCGAUGCCUGUUAAAAAGAAUGCAGCGAGAUCCUGAAUUGGCUUCUACGUUGAAGGCAACGAUGAACAAUUAUUUGCGGAAAGGAUAUGUUCGUAAGCUAUCUAAAGAAGAGCAACAGGAAUCUGAACGCCGUGCUUGGUAUUUGCCAAUGUUCCCUGUUUAUAACCCAAAUAGACCCAAUAAAGUGAGAACCGUUUGGGAUGCUGCAGCGACCGUCGGAGGAACCUCGCUCAACAGUGUACUAAUGAAGGGACCGGAUCAAUUAACACCAUUGACUUCCAUAUUAUAUCGAUUCCGUGAAAAACGUGUAGCUGUGUCUGGAGAUAUUGCCGAAAUGUUUCUCCGCAUCCGAAUGAAUAACGUUGAUCAGCAAUGCCAGCGUAUUCUGUGGAGCGAUCAAGAAGAUGAAACCAGUGAAUACGUUGUUACGGUGAUGACAUUCGGAGCCAAGUGUUCACCAAGCUGUGCUCAGUUUGUCGUAAAAGAGAACGCCGCAAGAUUUCAAUCAGUGUUCCCGGAAGCUGUGGAAGUGAUAAACAAAGGUCACUACGUCGACGAUAUGUUGGUAAGCGUCGACACCGUGGAAGAUGCUGUAAAACUAGCGAAGGACGUCCGUUACAUACACCAACAGGGAGGCUUCACAAUGAGAAACUGGAUUUCUAAUUCAACAAUCGUUACACAAGCACUAGGCGAAACGGAAGCAACGGAGAAAAGGCUGGAUGGAGAUAAGGAUGCAGUUUUAGAGAAGGUCCUAGGUAUGUGGUGGGACACAAGAACAGACGAAUUUCGCUACAAGUUGUCGACCGACCGGAAUAAGCAGCUACUUUCGGACAACAAACACCCCACGAAACGUGACGUCUUACGCGUGCUGAUGUCCGUCUACGAUCCCCUUGGAAUGUUGUCUAACUAUAUGAUACUUCUGAAACUGCUUUUCCAAGAGAUCUGGAGAGAUGGUAUUUCGUGGGACGACGAGAUUGGCACGAAGCAACUGGAAAAGUGGAAAAUCUGGCUGCAGCUUCUUCCCGUAGCAGAAUCUGUUAGAAUACCACGAUGUUAUCAUCUUUCACCAUCGGGAGGUAUAGAACGGCUCGUGGAGCUCCAUACGUUCGUGGACGCGAGUGAACUCGGAUACGCAGCAGUUUCGUAUUUUCGAUUCAUUGAAGAAGAUAACAUUUCAUGCAGCAGUAAUCGGUACCCGUUUAGCAAAGAACAUCGAACAAGGACAUUCAGUGAAGAUCAAGCGGAGGUAUUUUGGACGGAUGCACGGGAUGUGAUGUGCUGGCUUAAAUCAGACCACCGCAAAUAUUCGCAGUUCGUUGCAUUCCGCGUUGGCGAAAUUCUUGAAGCAACAGAUGUAUCGGAGUGGCGAUGGCUAUCAGGAAAAUCUAACGUGGCUGACGAAGGCACGAAGUGGAAUGGUACUUCUUGUUUCCAUGCCGACUCCCGGUGGCUUUCUGGGCCAUCUUUCCUAUCGAAACAGGAAGAAGAAUGGCCAAUAGCAUCUUUCAAUCAGAAAACGGUGGAAGAACUUCGCCCACGCCUACUGUUACACUAUGUCGAAGAAUCCAGAGAUACUUUACAACCUGAAAACUAUUCCAGCUGGAUUCACUUGCAGCGUGUAGCUGCCUACGUUUUGAGAUUCGUCACCAAUAUAAAACGCAAAAGGAACUUUGAACAAAUUUUGCGAGGGCCAUUAACUAGCGGAGAACUACGAGAGGCGGAGAAUUACCUCUACAAACGGGCUCAAUUUGAGUGUUAUGGAGAUGAUAUGAGGACGCUAUCGAAGCAGGAUAUAUCGCCAGGUAAGCCAAUUCUACCCAAGACAAGCCCGUUGUACAAACUUAGUCCUUUUCUUGACGUCACCGGCUUGAUGCGUAUACAUAGCCGUAUAGAUGUGUGCGAUUAUAUUGGGGAAAACACUCCAUUUCCGAUAGUCCUGCCCCGUAGCCAUUCCCUCACUAGGCUAGUGCUGAAAGAUAUUCAUGAAAAAUAUCACCACCAAGGUAACGAGACAUUCGUCAACGAAGCACGUAAAAGGUUUUACAUACCAAAGGUGCGCGUAGAGUGUAACAAAACUCGCAGGUACUGCCAGUAUUGUAAAAACUACCGAGCUAAGCCCAAACCACCGAUGAUGGCCAACUUACCAAAAGAGCGAUUGGCGGCUUACGUCCGUCCAUUUUCAUACGUGGGAGUCGACUACUUCGGACCUUAUCAAGUCACAGUUAGACGACGCCCGGAAAAACGAUGGGGAGUAUUGGUGACGUGCUUGACAACUAGGGCAAUCCAUAUUGAAAUAGCCCAUUCUCUUUCAACCGAUUCGUGCAUAAUGGCCCUUAACAACUGUUUUGCUAGACGUGGAACUCCGAUACAAAUAAUUAGCGAUCGAGGUACAAAUUUUGUAGGGGCUUCAAAAGAGCUCAAGGAAGCUCAAGCACUGAUCGAUAACCAUAAACUAGCAACUGAGUUCACGACACCUACUACGUCAUGGAGAUUCAACCCUCCUGUCUCCCCGCAUAUGGGAGGCACCUGGGAACGUUUGAUUCAGACCAUCAAACGAAAUUUGGCUGUAAUAAAAUUGAGUCACUCGCCUACUGAUGAAGUCCUGAGAAACCUAAUGAUAAAAAUAGAAAAUGUCGUUAACAGCAGACCUCUAACACACGUUCCUGUUGACGACGAAUCUUCGCCGGCCUUAACACCAAAUCAUUUUUUGGUGGGAUCCUCAAAUGGUUCAAAACCUCUUGUUCCUUACAACGACAGUGCUACAGCAAUGCGACACUCUUGGAAAACAUCUGAUAUCCUCGCAAACUACUUCUGGAAGCGUUGGGUGGAAGAAUACACCCCUGAAAUUACAAGGCGCACAAAGUGGUUCAACCCUGUGAAACCAAUUGUCGUUGGGAAUAUUGUCGUAAUCGUUGAUUCCAACCUUCCGAGGAAUUGUUGGCCGAAGGGAAAAGUGAUAGCUACCCGGACUUCGAAGGAUGGUCAAGUAAGAUCAGCGACGGUUCAGACCAUUUCCGGAACCUAUGAGCGACCUGCAGUGAAACUGGCGGUGCUGGACAUCGCAGGAAAGAUGAGUAUGCCGGACCGAGGACCGCCUACUGGGGGGGAGUGUUGCGAACACCCUUAUAAUGUCGAUCAGCACCCUGCACAUACCGCCGAAGUGACAGCCGUCAAUAAGUGA